CUUUAUUUUAUAAUUUAUAAUUUAUAAUCUAUACAUCUUGUUAUAUCUUAGAAAAAAGAUUUACUAUUAAUAUUCACAGUCUAAAGAAAAAAGUAAUGAAUAAGACAGCAUGCGCUUGGACAAUAUUAUCUUUGAAUAAUUUCAAGUUUGUUUAUAUUCCUGCUUGUCUUGGAAAAAUACAUGUCACUCGCGACUUGACGAUUCAAGAUGUACUAUUGAAUUUAUCCAUAUUUGAUCUUAUGCAUCCAAAUGAAGUUGAACUUGCAAAAGCUGAUUUAUUUAAUUUUAUCAAAUUAAAAACCUUAUCUGGUUCGAUAACCCGAUGUAGAAUUAGAUCAUUAAAGAGUUAUUUACAGAUUGUCGAGGAUAAAGCCAAUCCUGUGGACACUGUCUGGAAUAUUUUAGAUUUAAUUAUUUAUUCUGCAACAGAACACGCUGUCUUGGCUUUCUUUCAUAACAUUGAUUUUGGUCACUACAAGCUAAUAAAAGAUUGGGAAAUGACUCUAUGCUGUAAUAUGGAAAAGAAUGUCACCUUUUUACCAGAGGAUGCGAUAAACUUGAUGCAUUAUUUAUCAACUACAGAACCUUGUACAAAUACAACAGCAACCAUUCCAUUUCGCAUGUUUCAAAUAAAAGAGCACUCGACGGGAAAGGUCUUGUUCACUUGGCCGCCCUUUGAUCAAAAUUCAGCACAGCUUAUUCAUCAUGUCGAAUCAAUCGUCAAGUCAAUGUCACUUUACGAAUUCAAAAGCUGUUCUUCUCUAGACAAUAGCUUUCCUAUCGACUCACAUACAAAGGUCCAUCUGAGUAAGGAAAGUAUAGCCUGUACUCGUCACUUUUAUGCAAGCAAAAAAAUGGAGUUUAAUCAACAGCUCUGUUACUUUGAGAGAAUGGUCAUUCCCUAUGGUCUUAUCGUAUUCGAAUCUUUUCAAGUCAGGCCGGCCUCACCCACGACAGCAACAGCAACAACAACAACGCAGCAAUAUACCAGUAAUUUUAUACCUCAACUUUUAAAAGAACCGGAAUCAAAUUCUCAUUUCGAUUAUUCGUUAAGGCCAAGUCGUAGCUCAAGUACAUCAACAGACUAUCAACAACGUAAGAUCAGCAAAACUCCUUCUUUGCCUUUUAUCACCACUGCCUCUCCUUCAACUGGUUCGAGUCCAAACACGCCAACGACAACAGGAACAACCUUUACUGGUACUUCAUUGUUUCAAAAGUUUCGAAUACAGCAAAAUGAUAAACCAUCCCAACAGGCUGUCGACAAGAGAAGGAAAUUAGUAGAACAGCAAUCAUUGCAGUCGUCCAUAUCAAGAAUAUCUGAUAUAAUUCCAAACAAGUACAACAAGGCUGAAACGGCAAAUACUGUCAAAGUCUGUGCUAGAUGUCGCACGAGCAAUAGCCCUGAAUGGAGAAGAGGUCCGGAUGGAAGCAAGACGUUGUGUAAUGCCUGCGGUCUAAGAUACGCAAGGUACAAAUCAAAACAGUGGAAGACCGCAGCGAACAGGCACUGACAGUUUUCUCACACACUGGGCCUUACUCCGCCACCAAAAAAAUUUUCGAAAAUAAAAAAAAAAUUGAUCAUCACACCGUACACAGAA